AUGACAUCUUAUUUUAAAUCUACAUUGGUAUGGAUUUAUUGUUUUAUUCUUAUUGUUUAUGGAGCACCAAAUUAUCUUUUGAAGGAAGAGUUGUCUCUUCUUCGUCAACAAUUAGAUCAAAUUGAAAAUCAAAUAGGAAUGGAGUCUGAGAUAGAUAAUGUACCAUUAGUUAUUCAAAAACCAAUGAGAUCAGGAGAUAAAGUUAGAAGACAACUAGCUUGGCAACCAAUGAAACGAAGUCUUGCCUGGCAACCAAUGAAAAAAAAAUCUAUUGACAAUUAUUAUGAUUCCAAAGAAGACGUUGUUAACAUUCUUGAAAAUAGAUUAAUGGAAGUUUUAUCAGCCGGAGAAAGAUUAGGAGUAUCAGCAGGAGAUGUCAUAGACCAUUUAAGAAGAUCACGUAACACAAUGUAA